AUGGCGCCUAAGGGCAAGGAGGCCGCCAAAGGCGGCAAGGGCAAGGCGAAAGAUACUACUGGAGAGAAGUCCGACAAGCCCGCCGGCAAGCUCAAACCAGCGACCAGCAUCAACGUCAGGCACAUCCUAUGCGAGAAGCUUUCAAAGAAAGAGGAGGCGCUCACGAAGCUGAAAGGAGGCGCGAAGUUCGAUGAGGUAGCGCGAGAGUUCUCUGAGGAUAAGGCGAGGCAGGGUGGUUCUUUAGGCUGGAAGACGCGCGGAAGCCUCCUGGCGGAGUUCGAGAAAGUGGCAUAUGACCUUGAGCCCAGUACCACAGCGAAUCCAAAAUACGGCGAGGUCAAAACAGGCGAGGGUUAUCAUAUAAUCAUGGUCGAAGGGCGCAAAUGA